GUAGCACGCAUGCGCGACCAAGAUGGCGGCGCCCGUGGCGGGGCUGCGAGUGCGGCGGGUGGUUGGGGACAAGGGGGCGGAUGAUGGGGCUGAUGGGGCGUCUCAGCCCGGCAAAGACGGCCAGCAGCAGGGUCGCCCCAUGCCCGAGUGCGCCGGGCUGCAGCCGGGAACCUUCUGGCUCACCAGGAUAGUUCUGCUGCGCUCCAUAGCGUUCAUUUACUUCAUGGCCUUUUCUGUUGCUUUCCACCAAAACAGGCAGUUACUGGGAAAGGAAGGAUUGCUACCAAGCCACCUGUAUUUAAGGAAGGUUCAACAAUAUGUUGGGGGUAAAGUUGGCAUUGAAGCUUUCAGUUAUGCACCAACACUUCUGUGGUUCCUGGAUUGGUCUGACAUGGACAUACAUCUAAACAAUAUUGCUUUGUUGGGAAUGGGACUAUCGGUGUUUGUAUUGGUCACGGGAUGUGCCAAUAUGAUUAUCAUGUUCAUCUUAUGGAUCCUGUAUCAUUCGUUGGUGAAUAUCGGUCAGAUUUGGUACUCCUUUGGUUGGGAGUCUCAGUUGCUGGAAACUGGAUUCCUUGGAAUUUUCCUGUGCCCCUUGCUGACUCUCCGUUCCGUUCCACGUCAAACACUGCCAUCCAAAAUCGUCAUCUGGUCUUUCCGCUGGCUCAUAUUCCGCAUUAUGCUGGGAGCGGGGCUGAUUAAGAUCCGUGGAGAUAGAUGUUGGAAGCAUCUGACCUGCAUGAACUAUCAUUAUGAGACUCAACCUGUGCCUAAUCCAAUUGCGUAUUACAUGCAUGGAUGUCCAUGGUGGUUCCACAGCUUUGAGGUUCUGGUCAACCAUUUUGUUGAGCUUAUUGUUCCGUUUUUCCUGCUUAUGGGGCGCCGGAUGUGUGCGAUCCACGGAAUUCUGCAGAUCCUUUUCCAGGUCUUACUCAUCGUCAGUGGGAACCUCAGCUUUUUGAACUGGUUGACUAUUGUUCCCAGUAUUGCCUGCUUUGAUGACUCCAAUCUGGCCUUUCUCUUCAGCUCACGACAAGGAAAGGUCAAAGACCAAGUAUCCAUGAUACAGGCUAAAGAGGCAAUGGGUCACAAACCACCUACUCAUUAUGGUGCUUACGUCCGAAAGGUGCUGAAUAUCUCCUUUGGGGUCCUCAUCGCCUACCUCAGUCUCCCAGUGGUUGUAAACUUACUCAGUUCAAAACAAAUGAUGAACACUUCCUUCAACCCACUUCGAAUUGUCAACACCUAUGGAGCCUUUGGAAGUAUUACAAAGGAACGGACUGAGGUCAUAGUUCAGGGGACAAUGAAUGAGGAUCCGAAUGACCCCAGUGCCAUGUGGGAGGAAUAUGAGUUCAAGUGUAAACCUGGUGAUCUGAAACGGAGACCAUGCAUUAUUACUCCGUACCAUUACCGUCUCGACUGGCUAAUGUGGUUUGCUGCGUUCCAGACCUAUGAACAAAAUGAAUGGUUAAUCCAUCUGGCCGGGCGACUUCUGACGAAUGAUAGCCUUGCAAUGUCAUUAAUACAACACAAUCCAUUUGAAAGUCGAGGACCACCAAGAUGGGUAAGAGGAGAGCACUAUCGUUACAAGUUCAGCAGGCCGGGUGGCAGCCAUGCUGCAGAGGGGAAGUGGUGGAUUCGUAAACGGAUCGGUGUGUAUUUCCCACCCGUCAAUGUGAAAGGGCUGAAGCGAUAUUUCAAAGAGCGAGACUGGCCCAUUCGAGACAACCAGUGAAGCAACGUUUCCUUCAAGAACAAACAGCACUUGGUUUCCAGCGAAUACGUCAUGAUGCCACCUCAGGAAGCAACAUAUCACCUCACAUCGCAAAGCAUGGUGACUAAUCUUCACCUGACUGAGGUCUACAAUACCUGCCAUUCCCCCAUAGUUACUACAUAUGGAACAUAUUUCAAUCAUGUGCGAGUCCCAUUUGUGAUGUUUUCCAGCUGAACAUCUGACAAGUUUUCCAACCCCAUUAUCUGCAUUGUUUCCAAGUUCCCAUGGAGUUAUCUGUAAGUAAGAUUUCCUUGCAAUUCGGCCCCACUUCUUGUCUUCCCUUCUGUCACAAAGAGGCAAGAGGCUGAGAGGAGAAAUCCCUUGCAUAUAUGAAAUGAGCUGUGUAGUCGCAGCAGUGCACAAAUGAUCCUCUGAUGAUCUAACGUGCCAUCAGUGUGUCUGUAGAGUCGUUUCCACUUAGUUUCCUAGAAUCUCUGACACCAUGUUAGACUUGAGGCUCUGUGUAGCUUCCUUCCCACCUUUGGUUC